AUGAUCGGAAAAAGCUGGAGCAGCAUCCAACACGGUAUCCAGAUCGGAUGCGCCGUCGUUUCGUUCACCCUCAACUCACUCCUGAUCUUUCUGAUUCUCCGGCACUCUCCUAAAACUCUGGGUGCUUACAAGUAUCUGAUGAUCUACAUUUCCGUGUUUGAAUUAUUUUACUCGUUGAUGGACAUCAUCGUGAAACCGGUGAGUGUCAAACGGACCAACUUCAUUCAAUUACCUAUUUAUCAGGUUUUUCACUCGUACGGCUCCACUUUCCUUGUGAUGGUCAACGUGAAAGAAUCCGUAUUCAAAACGAGAACAUGUCUUAUUUUGGGCUGUAAGUUCUCUUCUUUUUCCGCUUCCAAUGCUCCUGAUCCUCAGCGAUCUACUGUGGUUGCUUUGGUUGUUCCAUGGCCAUCUUCGGAAUUCAUUUCAUCUAUCGGUACUUGGUGGCUUCUGGAAGCAAGUUGCUCAAAAGUUUCAAUGACUGGAGAAUAGUCACCUGGUUCUUGGUGCCACUAGUCUACGGCUCUAUUUGGGGAUGCAUGGCUUAUGGUCCGGUCGGGCAGAAAGCAGCAACUGGAGAGCAUAUCAGAACAAACAUCCUCGAGACAUUCGAUUUGCGAAUCGAAGACACCGUCUACAUGGGACCAUACUUCUACCAAAAACAGCCCAAUGGUUCAUCGCGAAUCGACAUCGAAUCGAUCACCGGAAUGUCCGUCGUCUUCGUCAUCGUUUGCUCAUCCUUCUUCACCAUCAUCUACUUUGGAGUCAAGUGCUAUGUUCUCAUCUCGAAACUGGCUCCUUCGAAGAGGUGCUUCCGGAGCAAGGCUCUUCAAUCCCAACUCUUCUGGGCUCUUGUCACGCAGACAAUGAUUCCGGUCAUUCUGAUGCACACUCCGAUCACUCUCGUGUACGGUUCCGCCCUUUUGGACAAGGAUAUCGGAAUGCUCAGCGGCUUCCUGUCAAUGACGAUUGCUGCGUAUCCGGCAAUCGAUCCGCUGCCCAGUAUUCUGAUUAUUCCGUGCUAUCGCAAAGCAUUAAUUUGUGAGAUUAUCGGCUGGCCAGCGGUGUUCUUAUCUGUGUACUUCAAUUUCAGACUACUUGAAAUGUUGCGGACGCUUCGAGAAAAAGGAUGACGAGACGAGUGCAGGCAUGAAUCGCAACAGCUCAGCAGUCCUGAGCCAAUCAGUCAUUCCUGCUCCACCCACAGAACUGUCCACAGCUUUCUGA